AUGCACUUGACCAAUUACAGUGUAAAUAAGAAGAGUGAUUGCUUUGAGUAUGAUCCCAAUAAUUUUUCAGUCGGCAGUAAGAGAGAUUUCAACUUUUUGAACAAGUAUCUCGAAUCACAAGGUCACAGUCCAGACAAGGUGUGGGACAGUAUUGGGGAUAUCAUUAUCAAAACCGUUCUCACUAUUUAUCCUCAAUUGUUGCACCAGUAUAGAACUUCUCUAACUCCCAAACAUGGAGACUUUGUCUGCUUUGAAAUUCUCGGUUUUGACAUUUUGCUCGAUGAACAUAUCAAACCAUGGCUGUUGGAAGUCAAUCAUUCUCCCUCAUUCAAUACAGACACUCCUCUGGAUAAGCAUGUCAAGUUAAAUUACUCACAGAAACCAUGA